UUUGACGAAAGGGCAAAUUUAAAUUUUAUUCAGCCUCUCUUGGAACUUCGAAGCAGCUGCUUGGUACAUUUCUUUUGCGAUAUCUUGGGGUAAGCUCAUGUUCAGCUUCCUCGCUUCCUCCUCAAUUAUUCAAAGAGCCUUCAGACCCAUAAUAUUUCCCGCAGUCAGAGUAAGGACAGAGUUCAUUCUUAUUGAUUUCCUUGGCUCAUCUCCUAUUAUGUUUCUUUCUUAGCUCUUUCUUCUC